AUGAUCACUGCACAGCAGCCACCGUUCCCCAACAAAAUUCAAAGAGUCAUGGACUGCCAAACUGAGGAAGAAGAAACCUGUGAAGAGCAGUACGACUCUGAAAACUGCACUUGCGGCUCCAAGUGUGCAUCAUCAACAGCAGAAUCCGACUCAGAUUCACCAGUAAUUCUCAAAAUACUACAGAACUGGGUUCCUAGAGUUUCCCACUACUUCGAUAAAGAGCACUACACAUACGUGGGCCACCAGAUCGUCAUUCAGGAGUCCAUAGAACACUUUGGAGCCGUGGUGUGGCCGGGGGCACUGGCUUUAUCUCAAUAUCUGGAAUCAAAUCAAGAACAAUUCAACCUCAAAGACAAGAAAGUUUUGGAAAUUGGUGCUGGAACAGGCUUGGUUUCCAUUGUGGCCUGUAUCUUAGGAGCUUACGUUACAGCUACUGAUUUGCCUGAAGUUCUUGAGAAUCUCUCAUAUAAUAUUUCAAGAAAUACACAGAACACGAAUAUGCACAAACCUGAAGUGAGAAAACUGGUAUGGGGAGAAGGCCUCAAUGAAGACUUCCCUCUAUCAACUUACCAUUAUGAUUUCAUACUGGCAACUGAUGUUGUAUACCAUCAUACAGCUCUGGACCCCCUGCUAGCAACAAUGGUGUAUUUUUGUAAGCCAGGAACAGUAUUACUAUGGGCAAAUAAAUUUAGAUUCAGUACAGACUAUGAAUUUUUGGAAAAACUUGGCAAUAUAUUUAACACAACCAUUCUAGCAGAAUUUCCAGAAUCAAAUGUCAAGCUGCUUAAAGCCACAGUAAGAGAGAAUUAA